CAACUACAACAAAAGUUAUUUGAAAGUAAGACUAAAGCAAGACUAUAGAUAACCAUAAUGGACUCCUUGCCUCUUUCCCUCCUCGCCUUUGCCACCAUCUCCAGCUUCCUCUUCGGAGCCGUUCAAUCGACUAAGUUCACAGUCAUCAACAAUUGUCCGUACACAAUAUGGCCGGCAACACUCACCGGUGGUGGGAAGCCGCAGCAAACUCCUACCGGAUUUGAAUUGGCACACGGCGCAUCGACCUCUUUCGACAUUACCGCUCCAUGGACAGGCCGUUUCUGGGCAAGAACACAGUGCUCCGCCGACCAAUCCGGCAAGUUCUCUUGUGUAACCGCCGAUUGUGGUUCCGGCCAGCUUGCAUGCAAUGGCGCCGGAGCAAUCCCCCCUGCCACUCUAGCAGAAUUCACUCUAGGCGGUUAUCAAGGUCAAGACUUCUAUGACGUCAGCCUUGUCGACGGCUUCAAUCUCCCGAUUUCCGUAGUCCCGGACAACAACAAGUGCCUUUCCACAUCUUGUCCGGUUGACGUGAACGCGAGGUGCCCGCCGGAGUUGGCAUGGAGGAAUAGCAAUGGUGCAACAGUGGGAUGCAAGAGUGCAUGUUUAGCUUUGAAUCAACCUCAAUAUUGUUGUACCGGUGCUUUUGGCACACCCCAAACCUGCCCACCAACUCAAUAUUCCAAAAUUUUCAAAGGAAUGUGCCCGCAAGCAUACAGUUACGCAUAUGAUGAUAAAACAAGCACUUUCACAUGUCAGGAUGGACAAGCCAACUACGCAAUCACUUUCUGUCCGUGAAUACAGACACACACAAACAUAAAUUGUACUUUAAAAGUUUAUCCUAAUAAAAGAUCAGAGAGAGGUCAACAUAUCAUAGAUGACAUGUAGUUUAGACAAAAGGUUUAGUAUAUUUAGUUUUUCAUAGCGG